AUGGAUGAGCUUGUGAACUAUAUUCCCCACGCGAGGUGGUCAAAACGAACGGAGCAUACGUCAGUCUGCAUUGACUUGAAACUUGAAUCUCUGUGGAAAGCCUUCGCGUCGGAAUUGGCGCUGGACGGUCAUGACUUGCAACUUUGGAAGUUAACGGGGACGGGCCUUAAGCAACUGACGGCUAGUUCGGCCUUGCUUAUCCCAGUAUCCCUGAUACCAGGAAUGCCUGAGCCUCGAGUCCUAAACGGUGGCCCGCUCAGUCCGGAGUCGGCGCCUAUCCCUUUCGUCAAUGAGAUCACUAUAUCCGGCUCGCUGUACUGCGUCCUAGCUUUCCCUCCCAAGAAUCCCGACCCCUCCCAAGCGAUUUGA